AUGUCUAGAUCCAUCACUCUCGUAUUCUUCUUGGCUCUCUUAGUUUCAAUGUCUAUAGCUACACCUGUGGCUAGUCCUCAAGAAAUGAGAACUCAUGGUGGUGCACCAUUGAUUGCAAUUUCUGUUGUUCAACCUACUUUACCCCCACCAGCUGCUUCGCAAGCCUCUGCCAAUCCAGCUCCAGCUCAGAACGGAACAGGCAAUGCACCACCUACUCAACCGGCAACAGCACCACCACCAGCCACAUCUCAAGGUGCGAGUCAAGAUCAAGGAACAUCACCAGCAGCAGCAGCAGCAACUGCCAAGAACCAAACUUCUAACGCUUGA